AUGUUUGUAUCACCCUCGCCGCUGCCCAAGGCCGAGGCCGCGAAGGAGCGGCUGGUCUGGUACUUGGCUUAUGGAUCGAACCUUUCGGCCAAAACCUUCCGUGAAGAUCGCGGCAUGACACCGCAGGCGGCUGUUGCCGUUAAGGUCGCUGGCUGGCGGCUGGCCAUGUCCAGCGCAGGAUUCCCAUACCGGGAGCCGUGCUAUGCCUCCAUCACCGAGUACAAGCCAGCGACGGAGAAGAUAGUGGAGAACGGCGUCGACGACGACGAGGUCCUCUGUGGAACGGCCUACUUAAUAACGUGGGCGCAAUGGAUCGAGAUCAUCGGUUCAGAAGGAGGCGGAAUUGCCUACGACGAGGCUCUGGUGGCCGCGCAGCCAGUCCAUCCAGCCCACCGCCAGCGCUGGGGGGAUCAAAUACGUGUCUUGACGCUGGUCAGUACCAUGGAACGGUGGCCGGAAGCUCGACCCACAGAACGAUAUCUUGUGAGUCUCAUAAUUUCUUUCUUCCCUCCUUUUCUCUCCGUCUCGAAGUCCUGGCGAUCAACACAAAAUAAGCUAACAUUCCUGCCUCCCCGCUCUCGAUCCUUCAAGGGUCUUAUUCUUGAUGGGGCCCAGGCCGCCAACUUUCCACCAUCCUACAUUGAGCGUAUUCGCCAAAAGUAUCCCUGCUAUCAGCCGCCGUCCACAGCGUGGGAGCGCAUGGGGGCAGCUAUCUUCCUGGCCUUCUGGACUCCCGUCAUGUCUCUGCUCAGCACUCUCACCCACUCCACUGCACGCACCGGGCCGGGCAAAGACGGCCACGUUCCUCCUGCAGUGCGGGCCCUGGUCCGCUUCGCCAUGCUGGCUAUGUGGUGGCUCCAUGAUACAAUAUGGGCAGGCAUCUGGGGACGAGGAGACGGCUUAGAUCAGUGA